AUGGAACGUGGCUCAGAAAAACCCGUAUUAUUCUUCGACAUUGACAAUUGUCUCUACUCGCGCAAUGACAAAGUCCUAGAGCACAUGUCAGCUCGCAUCGACGACUACUUCAAGACACAUCUAGGCCUCUUGCCCGACGACGCCGAGCGCCUACACAAAGAUUACUCCCAGCAAUACGGCCAGGCAAUCGAAGGUCUCGUGCGCCACCACCAAAUUGACGCACUUGACUACAACGCCAAAGUCGAUGACGCUGUGCCUCUCGACGGCCUAAUCAAACCCAACCCCAAGCUGCGAAAACUCCUCGAGGAUAUUGAUAGGUCAAAAGUUAGGCUAUGGCUUUUGACAAAUGCGUAUAUUAACCACGGGAAGAGAGUCGUGAGGUUGUUAGGUGUGGAUGACUUGUUCGAGGGGCUUACGUACUGCGACUAUUCGCAAGUACCGUUUGUUUGCAAGCCGCAUAAGGACAUGUUUCUGAAAGCUAUGAAGGAAGCUGGCGUUUCGGCCGCUUCAAAGUGUUUCUUUGUUGAUGACUCGCACAAGAACUGUGCUGGGGCGAAAGACGCCGGCUGGAACGCGGUUCAUUUCGUGGAGGAAGGGUUCCCGGAGCCUAAUACGCCAGCAUCUCAGCAUCAGAUCCGUAGCUUGGAGGAGUUGAGGUCUGUUUUCCCAAGUUUCUUCAAAGUGAGGAAUUAA